AUGGAUGCCGUAUUUGAUAUAUGUUACCUAUCGGCUGAGGGUAACAAUGUUGAACCUGAUGAUAUUCCUCAGACAAAGGAAAGUGUGUGGAUUCUGGGAAAAAAAUAUAGUCCUGUUCAGGAUUUGGAUCGCAUCAGACGUGAUAUCACGUCAAUAAUUUGGUGUACGUAUAGAAAAGGCUUUAUACCCAUUGGAGAUGAGGGUCUUACAUCGGAUAAAGGAUGGGGCUGCAUGCUUCGAUGUGGCCAGAUGGUGCUUGGUGUAGCGCUUGUCAGAAUCCAUCUGUCAGCUGAUUGGGUUUGGACUCCAGAUACAAGAGACCCAACAUAUUUGAAAAUUAUUCAGAGGUUUGAAGAAAGGAAGCAGGCUCCAUACUCUAUCCAUCAAGUUGCUUUGAUGGGAGCCUCUGAAGGCAAAGGUGUAGGACAAUGGUUUGGUCCAAACACUGUUGCACAAGUCUUAAAAAAAUUAGUUGUUUAUGAUAAAUGGAGUUCCCUGGCUAUCCAUGUUGCAUUAGAUAAUACUGUUGUUAAGAAGGACAUAUUAUAUCAAUGUGUGGUGAACAAUGACAGAGGUGAUUCAUCAUCCACACCUGACAUUGUGCCGACAGACUGGUUGCCCCUCUUGCUGAUUGUGCCACUGCGGUUGGGACUUAGUGAAAUUAAUCCUGUAUAUAUAAAUGGAUUAAAGAUAUGUUUCCAAUCACCUCAAUCGAUUGGCGUGAUAGGUGGCAAACCUAACCAAGCUCUGUACCUGGUUGGAUGUGUAGAAGAUGAAGUUAUAUACUUGGAUCCUCAUACUACACAGAAAUCUGGAUUAGUAGAGAAUAAGAUGACUGAUGAACAAAAAGAAAUGGACUGCUCAUAUCACUGUAAAUAUGCUUCUCGAAUACCCAUGUUGGCCAUGGAUCCUUCUGUUGCCGUUUGUUUUUUGUGUCGAACAAAGAAUGAGUUUGAAGAAUUGUGCAAUGUUAUAGAAUCUAAAUUAAUGCGUGAGUCCCAACCAUUAUUCGAAAUUUGCGACAAGCGUCCCACGCACUGGGGCCCCAGUACCGCCGACAUUGAUCUGCAGAAUACAUCGUUGUUCACAGAAUUUGAAGACGUAGACCGACAGUUUGACGACUCAGACGACGAGUUUGAAAUUCUGUGA